AUGUCAAAAGAUAGUGUUAUGAUUCUGCAAUUGGGCGCUUUACAAGAUGAAAAAAUCCUACUUUCAACUACAGAGCAAAAUAAUGGUCAGAAUUUAGAAAGUUGUAAAUCUCAGGAAUGUAGGAAGAUAAUUCGGAAUUUAGAUCUACCUUUUACAAAGUUGGAUGAUUUCAAAAGAAUAUUCUGGGAUCCAUCUCCAAUAGCAGCUUUAAUCCACAGACAGUGGACAACAGAUGAACUCUUUGCAGCACAGUUUCUGAAUGGUUGUAACCCAGUCCUCAUUAAACGAUGUACUGAACUUCCACAGGCUUUUAGUACUUUAAAAGAUGAGACACUGGGCAGUGGCAAUUCACUGAAUGAAGAAAUCAAGAAUCAGAGGGUGUAUGUGGUUGAUUACAGUAUACUGGAAGGCAUCAGGGCAAAUGUCAUAAAAGGUGAACCACAAUAUAUUGCUGCACCAAUCUGUAUCCUUUAUGAUGACCCGACCAAAGGACUUACUCCAGUAGCUAUAAAGAUUGGAAGAACACCAGAUGAUCCAGUAUUUCGGCCAAAGGAUAAAUAUGCCUGGCUUUUAGCAAAAAUAUGGGUUCGAAAUUCAGAAUUUUAUGUUCAUGAACUAUCGUCCCAUCUACUUCGAACUCACUUACUGGCUGAAGUUUUUGUUAAUGCAGCAUACAGAUGUCUGCCAUAUACCAACCCACUGGGCAAGCUUUUAUUCCAGCAUGGACGAUACACCCUGGCAAUCAAUAUCAAUGCUCGUAAAACGCUCGUAUCUGAAAAUGGGAUUUUUGACGAGUUCACAGGUAUUGGAGGGGGUGGCCACUAUGAACUCUUAAUAAAGGCUUUCACACAACUCACCUAUCAGACCCUUUGUCUGCCAGAUGAUUUAGAAAAUCGAGGCGUGAAUGAUCUGAAAAAUUAUUACUACAAAGAAGAUGGAAUGCAGCUGUGGAAUGCAAUCAACGAAUUUGUUAACAACUUUGUUGAUUGCUUCUAUAAAACUGAUGAUGAAGUUAAGCAAGACAGUGACGUUCAGAACUGGAUUAAAGAAGUAUUUGAGAAUGGAUUCUUACAAAGAAAGGAGUCAGGAAUUCCUAGCAGCUUGGACAGUAAGCAAGCUUUCAAGAAGUACCUGACGAUGGUUAUAUUCACAUGUUCUGCUCAACAUGCUGCAUUGAACAAUGGGCAGUUUGACAGCUGUGCUUGGGUGCCAAACUGCCCCACUACAAUGAGAAAACCCCCACCAAAGAGCACUGAAGGUGUUACAGAGAAGUUUAUUGUGGAAACAUUGCCAGAAAUUAAAGUGGCAUGCAGAGCUAUGAGUAUAACAUACCUGCUCAGUUACCCUGGGGAAGAUUUUGUAAAGCUUGGUGAUUACCCAGAACACACAUUUGAUGAACCUGAAAUGAAGAGACAUAUUGAACAAUUUAGUAGCAAGCUUAGUGAAAUUGAGCUGAGUCUACAGGCAAGAAAUAAUGAGCUGAUUAGAAAUGAGAAAUUGCCAUAUAUCUACAUGCAACCCAGUAUGAUGGAGAACAGCAUUGCCAUAUGAAUACAGCAGUGACUACAACGGGUACUAUUUAGGACUGCAAAGAAGCGAUAUGAAAAUGGGCAAAGGGCAUGCAUGCUUUACUUUGAUUUUCCUUUGUUUUACUAUAUGUGAAAUUAUACAUAGGUUUACACAGAAGAUGUGUAUUUAUUGUAGCGUAAUCAAUAUCCCAGAUGCAUUAUGAGGCAUGAGAUGAAUCUGAGCAUCCUCACAGCAUUUAAAUUGUUAGCUAGUCCACAAUAAAUGCACAAAGUAGUCAAUUGCAUUUAAUAAAUUUGCUUUAAUAUUUGU